GCUUUAUCUGCUGCGAGCUUUUACACACUUGCAAAUAAAAGGCAACCAAUAACCAGCGCACUGCCCAAGAAAUUGUCAUAAACCCAGCGCCGUUGGACGUUGAUCCCUUAGUUCUGGCCGCAAUGCGUGAUGUGUCUGACGAGUCUGCUGGUGAACCAUUCGCUCCGGCCGUCACACCCUCUGAGGAAGAGAGGACCCGUUAUAAUUACCAUCGUCCGUUAUAUCUAGCCGCACUUGAGGGAAACUGGGAAGCUGCUGACGGGUAUUUCCGGGAUAAUGUUCCUGAUGCAUUUUUUGCACAAAUCUCAUGUACGGGUAUGAAUGCUUUGCUUGUUGCUUCUUGUAAUGGGCAUACUAAAUUCGUUGAGAUGCUCGUAGAGCGUAUGCCUGAAAAGGCACUUGAAAUGCCUGGCCCUGGAGGCUACACGGCUCUCCAUCAUGCUGCCAUCGGCGGCAAUCUCAAGAUGGCCAUAGCCUUGAUCAGAAGAAACCCGCAAUUGACUCAAAUUACCGACAAUGGUGGAAAGACUCCACUUCUCUUGGCGGUUUCGAUAUUUCCCGAACACAAGCUGGUGGCGUACCUUACCCGGUCAACAACAAUUGAGAAGCCUGAAAUCCCCUUCAGUGGUUGUAUGGCUGGCGACCUUAUGGUUAAUCUCACUCACAUGGGAUUCCAUGAUAUAUCUCUAUAUCUAAUCCGACGUGAACCGAACCUAGCUCUUGCAACAAGUAGUGAGGGUGAAACUAUACUCCAAGUACUCGCUUAUGAGCCUGCAAACUUUCACGAUGAAACUAAGCUUAAUUUUUGGGAAAGAUGGAUUUAUCAAUAUUUUGCAGUACCCGAUGAGGAUGACCCAUUUGAAACCUCAGAUCAGGACUUGGUGGUGGAAAAACAAUCAGAUACCAAUGAAGCUAAAACUCAAGGUUUGCAGAUUUUACACUUGAUCCUCUUGUAUUUUAAUUAGUCCCUAAUCAUAGAAAGA